AUGAUCUCAGUCCGCGUCCCACUCGCCACCUUGGCGGACCAGCAGCAGCUGCAGCUCUCGCCGCUGAAGAGGCUCAGCCUGGCCGACAAGGAGAACACGCCCCCGGCCCUCCACGGGACCCGCGUCCUGGCCAGCAAGGCCGCGAGGAGGAUCUUCCAGGAGCCCGAGGAGCCGAAGCCUAAACUGCCCGCGCCCGGCGUGGAGGAGGAGCCGCUCCUGAGAGAAAACCCCCGCCGCUUUGUCAUCUUUCCCAUCCAGUACCACGACAUUUGGCAAAUGUAUAAGAAAGCGGAGGCUUCCUUUUGGACAGCCGAGGAGGUGGAUCUUUCCAAGGACAUUCAGCACUGGGAAGGCCUGAAGCCUGAGGAGAAACAUUUUAUAUCCCAUGUUCUGGCUUUCUUUGCAGCGAGCGAUGGCAUAGUAAAUGAAAACUUGGUGGAGCGAUUUAGCCAAGAAGUUCAGAUUACAGAAGCUCGCUGUUUCUAUGGCUUCCAAAUUGCCAUGGAAAACAUACAUUCUGAAAUGUAUAGUCUCCUUAUUGAUACUUACAUUAAAGAUUCCAAAGAAAGGGAAUAUCUCUUCAAUGCCAUUGAAACAAUGCCUUGUGUCAAGAAGAAGGCAGAUUGGGCCUUGCGCUGGAUUGGAGACAAAGAGGCUACCUAUGGAGAACGUGUUGUAGCCUUUGCCGCAGUGGAAGGAAUCUUCUUUUCUGGUUCUUUUGCAUCGAUAUUCUGGCUCAAGAAACGAGGACUGAUGCCUGGCCUCACAUUUUCCAAUGAACUUAUUAGUAGAGAUGAGGGUUUGCACUGUGACUUUGCCUGCCUGAUGUUUAAACACCUGCUGCACAAACCAUCAGAGCAGAGAGUGAAAGAAAUAAUUAUCAACGCUGUUAGGAUAGAACAGGAGUUCCUCACCGAGGCCUUGCCUGUGAACCUCAUUGGUAUGAAUUGCUCCUUAAUGAAGCAGUACAUUGAAUUCGUGGCAGACAGGCUUAUGCUGGAACUGGGUUUUGACAAGGUUUUCAGAGUAGAAAAUCCCUUUGACUUUAUGGAGAAUAUUUCACUGGAAGGGAAGACUAACUUCUUUGAGAAGAGAGUAGGCGAGUAUCAGAGGAUGGGAGUGAUGUCGAGUCCGACAGAGAAGUCUUUUACCUUGGAUGCUGACUUCUAAAUGAACCAAAGAGGUGCUCUUAUUUUGCUGAUUUUUUUUUUUUUUCGUCCUCAUCAAAACAC